AUGACGGUCAAGUGGUCAGGCAGCGGAGCGACUACUCCCAGCAACGACAGCCAAAUUUUCGACGAUGUCGAGAAAGGUCUGAGGCCUACUGCCGUCGAGAGCCUCCCGUCACCCGUUUCACCAAUCCAUGAGGGUAUUACUCCGACUUCCAGCUUUCCCGCUCUGUCGCAGACUCUCCUACCAGCCUGCCAUUUCCAAGAGAAGAAUCCUGCGCCUGGGCCGCCUGCUGCCAAGGCAACCACAACCGUUCAACCUCGACCAAAGCCCAGUCGCUGGAUCCUCUUUCGACUUUGGUUCAGCACCUAUCGCAAGUUCUUCACCUUCAUCGUGGCCCUCAACCUGACCGGCAUCGUCUUGGCAAUACUUGGUCGCUUCCCCUACGCCGAGAACCAUCUCGGUGCUCUCUUGCUUGGUAAUCUUCUUACUGCCGUGUUGAUGAGAAACGAACUUUUCCUAAGGUUUCUCUACUUCAUCUCUAUCUACGGCCUUCGCAGCUGGGCACCGACCUGCUUCAAGAUUGCAGUAACCUCAGCUCUCCAGCACGUUGGUGGGAUACACUCUGGUUGUGCGCUUUCCGGCGCUGCUUGGCUGGUUUACAAAGUUGUCGACAUUGUUGUCCACCGGGCCUCUCAACACGGCGCUGUCAUCGCCACAGGCAUCAUCACCAGUAUCCUCGUCAUCAUCUCCAUUCUCAGCGCUUUCCCAUGGGUUCGCAACAAUCAUCACAACACCUUUGAAAGGCACCAUCGCUUCAUCGGAUGGCUUGGCCUGGCGGCCACGUGGUGCUUUACCAUUCUCGGCAACGUCUAUGACAUCAAGCGCGGAGAGUGGAGGUCGGACGCUCACUCUCUUCUCAGCGCACAGGAACUGUGGUUUGCUGUUUUCAUGACCGUCUUCAUUGCCAUACCUUGGAUUACACUACGGGAAGUUCCUGUUGAGGUCGAGAUUCCGUCACCCAAAGUCGCGAUCCUCAAGUUCGAGCGCGGCAUGCAGCAAGGUCUCCUCGGCAGGAUCAGCCGCACUUCCAUCAUGGAGUACCACGCAUUCGGCAUCAUCAGCGAGGGCCGCAAAUCGGGCUGUCACUACAUGAUCUGCGGUGUGCAGGGCGACUUUACGAAAGGCCUCGUGGCCGAUCCGCCCAAGACGGUGUGGACGAGGGAGCUCAAGUUCGCCGGAGUCGGUCACGCGUCCGCCAUGUUCAAGAGGGGUAUCCGAAUCUGCACGGGGACCGGCAUCGGCGCCGCGCUGUCGACUUGCAUCCAAAGCCCCAACUGGUUCUUCAUCUGGAUCGGGUCGGACCAGGAAAAGACAUUCGGGCCUACGAUCAGUGGCCUCAUCCACAAGCACAUUGAGUCUGAUCGCAUGAUCCUGUGGGACUCCAAACAGCGGGGCGGCCGGCCGGAUACCUUGCAGCUCCUGCAAGACGUCUACAAGAGCUUCGGCGCUGAGGUCAUCUUCAUCACGUCCAACAAGCAGGGCAACGACGAGAUGAUGCAGGGUUGUCUUGCUACUGGCAUGAACGCAUUUGGAACGCUGUGGGACUUUUGA